AUGCAGAUGCAAUUUCUUGUAAUUUUUUUGAUAUUUUUAUUAUUUUUAAAUGAUGUUGGUGCUCAAGUAACUAGAAAAGGAUAUAUAUCACAUAGAAGAGUUGGUAAACCAAGAAGUAGAAAAAAUAGUUCAAGUGUUGUUGUUCCAAGACCAAAAGGUCCAUGUUAUGCUAGAACACCUGUAUUAGCUCAACCAAAUACAGUUAUUGAUAAGUUAGUAACUUGGAAUAGGGGUAGAUAUAGAGAUAUAUUAAAUCAAAAUGGUAGGGUCACAAAUCAAUAUAAAGGAGGGAUUUAUGUUGAGAGAAUUGGAAGUAAUAGUCAAGUUCAUUAUUCACCAGUUUAUAAAUUACCAGAAAUAACUCCUAGAUCUAGAAAUGAAUUCUAA